AUGGCACAACAGUCUCACCUUUGGUUUCUUAACAAUAUCAACCUCCAACACGUCUUUCCUCCGAUCAUUAAUGAUGCCAACGUAAUUUUGAACCGAUGCAAAUUUGAUUGCAAAAAAAAGAAUAUGAAUGCUCGUGUUAUUUGUAAUAUCAAUGUGAAAGAAGAGGCGAUCAGAUUAAACGUAAACGACGACAAUGUUAUCCUUAAGGUGCGGGAGAUCGUUUGGAGAUCCUCGAGUCCUCUUGACAAACAGAUGUAUUUCCUGGGAGAGAAUAAAACUGGUAAUGACCUUUCUAUGCUUCCUUGGGACCUAGGUGCAGCC